AGGUUGAUCUAGACCCUCAGCUCCAAGCAACUAGGUGAGGAGGACUUCAGGGCAAGGUUGGAGACUCUGCAUUUGUCUUGAGUAACAGGACCUUCUUGGGACCUCCAGGAUUACAGAGAAGCAUACAGGCAGAGCCAACUGUGCCUUUUGUCCUUUGAGAUUUGAGACCCAGAAGUCUCCCAUGCCUCCUUAUCAUAUCCGCAAAUACCAGGAUAGCGACCACAAGAGCGUGGUGGAUUUGUUCUCCAGAGGCAUGAAGGAGCACAUCCCCACCACCUUCCGCUACAUGCUGAUGCUACCCCGAAUCCUCUUGCUCUUACUUGGGGUCCCUCUUACCCUACUCUUGGUCUCAGGCUCCUGGAUUGUGGUUCUUCUCUCCAGCCUUAUUCUCUUUGCUUCCCUGUGGCUCCUUGCAAAACAUAAUUGGGUGAAGCAUUUAGCAACGUGUUUGCACACAGACAUGGCUGACAUCACCACAACCUACUUGAGUUCUCAUGACUCCUGCUUCUGGGUGGCUGAAUCUAGGGGUCAGAUAGUGGGCAUCGUGGCUGCCCUGCCGGUGGAGGAUCCCUUCCUGCAGAAGAAGCGACUAUGGCUACGUCACCUCUCUGUGUCGUUGGAGCACCGAAGACAGGGGAUAGGGAAAGCCAUGGUGAGGAGGGUCCUCCAGUUUGCACAGGCCCGGGCCUUCCCUGAAGUUGUCCUUUCCACCAGUGUGUUCCAGUAUGCAGCCCUGGCUCUCUACCAGGAUAUGGGCUUCCAGAAGACUGGCGAGUCCUACUUCACCAUUAUCUCCAGACUAAGGAAAUCUCCGAUGAUACACUUAAAGUACUGUCUCACUUCUGCUCAGGAAGGGGGCCUGUGAUCUAUCUCCGGUGUGUGCAUCUGUCGGGAUCUGGUUGCUUCUGUAGUAGUAACAAACCCAGCUACUUUAGGAGCAAACCACUAACCCUCACAUUCAAGCACAGCUGAGUCAUGUGUUUGGGGGGAGGGUUGGGGCAAUGGCCACUAUUUCCCAUACACGCUUUCCGAGGUGUCUUUUAUCUGACACUGUAGCAAUGUAUAAAAUGAAACACUAAAUAAUAAAAUUUUAUUUAGCUUCUGAA